AUGUUUUUCUUGAUUUUAUUUCUUAUAUUCGUAGCUGUUCCAUUUAAUCAACCACAAUUGUGUCCAAAGGCAACUUGGAGUCAGAAGAAAACCACUCUUACUGAUCAAUUCACCCCCAGCAUAUUUCCUACACCUAUUUUUAUCGAUACAAACAACACUAUCUAUCUUAUUAAUCAAAAGGGCAAUCAGAUUUUAGUGUGGACUGACGAAAAUAGUCUCACAUCCGCCUACAACAUUUCAGGUAGCUUUUCAAUGUCAAUGUCUCUAUUCGUAACAUUGGAUGGUGAUAUUUUUGUUGAUGAUGGUGAUCAGAAUAAAGCAGUAAAGAGAUGGAUAUCAAAGACAGGAGAUUUUGUUGUCGUCAUGGAUGUACAGUCGUCAUGUACUGGUCUGUUUGUGCAUACGAAUGACAGUUUGUAUUGCUCGAUGAGCGCGAAUCAUCAAGUGAUGAAAAGAAACUUGAACAAUUCUUCGAUGAAACCGAUACUUGUUGCGGGAAAUGGUACUAAAGGAUCUGGCGCUGAUGAACUUAAUAAUCCCUAUGGAAUUUUUGUUGAUGUUAACUUCGAUUUGUUCGUGGCAGAUUCAAACAACGAUCGAAUCCAAUUGUUUUCUUUGGGAAAAAACAAGGCCAUUACAGUUGCCGGUAAAGAAUCAUACAAGCCUACUGUUUUGCUUACGAGCCCCACUGGAGUCUUAUUGGAUGCCAAGAAAUAUCUAUUUAUUAUUGAUUCCGGAAAUGAUCGUAUUGUUGGAGAAGGACCCCAUGGUUUUCGAUGCUUAGUUGGAUGCUAUGAACAGAGUGGUCAAUUGAGCAGACCAUCUACUAUGGCUUUCGAUGUACAUGGCAACAUGUUUGUCAGUGCAUUUUUGAAGAAUGGAGUUCAGAAAUUUUACUUAAGCAACUCUUGUAAGUUUUCAUUCAAUCAACCAAGACUUUGUUCAAAAUCAGUUUGGAAACGAAAUGGAACGACUUUUGCCGAUCAACGGAGACUUGGUUCGAAUCCGUCGGCCAUCUUUAUCAAUGACAAAAAUUCCAUUUAUUCGAUUAAUCGAGAAAAUAAAGAAAUUUUAGUUUGGCAUCACAGUGACACUAUUCAACCAAUAACAAUUCCUGCUAAUUUCUCUCAUUCAUCUUCUCUGUUUGUUAUGUCCAACGGUGACAUAUUCAUUGACACUGCAUCAAAACGUCAAGUGAAACAGUGGGUUUUUGAGACCAACGUCUUUGUUGAUGCGAUAGAUGUUUUUUCUUCGUGUGUUGGUUUGUUUAUCGACAUAGGUAGUCAUUUGUAUUGUUCCAUGUCCACACAUCAUCGAGUUAUUAAAGGAAAUCUUCAUGACCCACAACUGGCCUUGACUACUGUGGCUGGAAUGGAUACCGCAGGAUCAGAAUCUCAUCAACUUCAUCGUCCUCAUGGGAUUUUUGUUGAUACAAACUUCGAUACAUUUGUUGCAGAUUGCGGCAACGACCGUGUUCAACGAUUUUCAUUAGGUCGAGUAGAUGGAAAAACAGAAAUUGGCAGCAAAUCAUUGCAACAUCCGUAUUCACUUUCGUGCCCAACAGCAAUUACAUUUGAUGCUCAACGAUACUUAUUUAUUGUUGAUUCAAAUAAUCAUCGGAUUAUUCUAGCAGGACCCACUGAUGUUCGCUGUGUUAUCGGAUGUGAUGGAAUCAGUAUUAAAUCUACUCUGUUAUUAUUUCCAUCGAAUUUAGCUUUUGAUAGUUUUGGAAAUCUGUUUAUUGUCGAUUCAGGAAACGAUCGAAUUGAAAAGUUUGAAUAUUCGAAGAACUCUUGUGACGUUGCAUCAGUAAAUCUAUGGACAAAGUCAAUCGAAUUCACCCGAACCAGUCACACUUUUUGUCGAGAAUGUUACAAAUUCAAGUAUUAUUAUGAAGCUUUUCAGAUUCAAGUGCACGAAAGUCUUUAUUAUUCAAUAUGGAGUAGUGCUGAUAUUGAUACAUAUGGUUAUAUUUACGAAAACAAUUUCAAUCCACUUAAUCCAAAUGAAAAUCUUCUCAUCGCAGAUGACAAUGGAGGAUCCGAUGGUCAAUUCAAGUUUGAACUUCCUCUUUAUAACGACGAUAAAUACAUAUUGGUUAUCACAACAAAUCAUCCCAUGAUUACUGGCAACAUCGAAAUAAAAAUAUUCGGUUUAAAAAAUGUCACUCUCAGUCGUCUGAUUACUCCACUCAAUAUUUUAUUUAAUUAUUCAUCCGAAUUAUCACAAAAUAGUCCAAUGUAUUAUCGGGAUUGCCAACAACCAAAAUGUUACUAUGAAACAUUCGAAAUUCAUGUCAAUACAAACGGAACAUAUCUCAUUUGGGUUCAUAGUCCAAUUCAUACAUUUGGUUACAUCUAUCAAGAUUAUUUUGAUCCAUUGAAACCAUCACUAAAUCAACUGUUUGAACACGAUGGCACAUGUAAUCAAGAACAAUUGAAAUUUAUUCUUAAUUUACAAGUUAACAUUCGAUAUAUCUUAGUUGUAACAACAUUUGAUUCAUAUACAACUGGACAAUUUUCUCUGUUCAUAUCUGGAUUAUCUCAUACCAAUGUGACUGUUCGACAUUCAAAUCCAACUAACAAAUAUAGUGUGAUUGGUGAUCAGUGUAAUCUUCAUUACAAAAGUAUUGGUUUGACUUUAGAUGAUAUUCUCUAUGAAGAACUCAAGAAGAAUUCAACACUAAGUCAACAAAUCGUUUCGAUCAAACUAAGUGCUGCUUUGGCAACUAUUAUGUUUUUUGGAGGGCUGAUCAACAGUUUUCUUUCAUGGGUUACAUAUCAAAACAAAGAUGCACAACAGGUUGGAUGUGGAUUCUAUCUUCUCGCAUCAUCAAUUACUUCUUUUCUGACCAUCAGUAUGUUUUUCAUCAAGUUUUGGUUCGUUGUUCUGACUCAGAUCGAUGAUACAACAAAUCUUUCGAUUCAUCGAGCUGGUUGUAAAGUAAUCGAGCCUUUUCUCAAGCUACUUCUCUAUUUUGAUGGUUGGCUGAUUGCUUGUGUGGCUAUUGAACGAGCAUUUNCCUUGACUACUGUGGCUGGAAGGGAUACUGCAGGAUCAGGAUCUCAUCAACUUCAUCGUCCUCAUGGGAUUUUUGUUGAUACAAACUUCGAUACAUUUGUUGCAGAUUGCGGCAACGACCGAAUUCAACGAUUUUCAUUAGGUCAAGUAGAUGGAAAAACAGAAAUUGGCAGCAAAUCAUUGCAGCAUCCGUAUUCACUUUCGUGUCCAACAGCAAUUACAUUUGAUGCUCAACGAUACUUAUUUAUUGUUGAUUCUAAUAAUUAUCGGAUUAUUCUAGCAGGACCCACUGAUGUUCGCUGUGUUAUCGGAUGUGAUGGAAUCAGUAUUAAAUCUACUCUGUUAUUAUUUCCAUCGAAUUUAGCUUUCGAUGGUUUUGGAAAUCUGUUUAUUGUCGAUUCAGGAAACGAUCGAAUUGAAAAGUUUGAAUAUUCAAAGAACUCUUGUGAUAAACUAUUAGUGAAUCUAUGGACAAAGUCAAUCGAAUUAACCAAAACUAGUCACACAUAUUGUCGAGCAUGUUACAAAUUCAAGUAUUAUUACGGAGCGUUUCAGAUUGAAGAGCCCGAAAGUCUUUACUAUUCAGUACGAAGCAGUGUUGGGAUUGAUACAUAUGGUUAUAUUUAUGAGAACAAUUUUAAUCCAUUGAAUCCAAAUGAAAAUCUUCCCAUCACAGAUGACGAUGGAGGAUUCGAUGGUCAAUUCAAGUUUGAACUUCCUCUUUAUAACGACGGUAAAUACAUAUUGGUUGUCACAACAAAUCAACCCAUGAUUACUGGCAACAUCGAAAUAAAAAUAUUCGGUUUAAAAAAUGUCACUCUCAGUCGUUUGAUUACUCCACUCAAUAUUUUGUUUAAUUAUUCAUCCGAAUUAUCACAAAAUAGUCGAAUGUAUUAUCGGGAUUGCCAACAACCAAAAUGUUACUAUGAAACAUUCGAAAUUCAUGUCAAUACAAACGAAACAUAUCUCAUUUGGGUUCAUAGUCCAAUUCAUACAUUUGGUUACAUCUAUCAAGAUUAUUUUGAUCCAUUGAAACCAUCACUAAAUCAACUGUUUGAACACGAUGGCACAUGUAGUCAAGAACAAUCGAAAUUUAUUCUUAAUCUACAAGUUAACAUUUGA